CCAUUUAUUGUUCUUCACCUUUGUUGUUGAGAAUAUGGCGCUUCCUUUAAUGCGCCACCAUUAAAGCUCUCUCGUAUCACAAACAAGAAAUAUCCAAUACCCACUGCUAUAUUAUAGAUAUAGAUAAAUAUACAGAAAGUGCACUUGUUAAUAGUAGUGAAAUCGUGCUUUCUUUGUUACUUGCAUUUAAUUAACUCAAAGAGGGUUUCUUUUUUGCUGCUGAAUUACACACGGAGGAGCAAUGGGUAUUAUAAUCUGCACGGAUAUCUCCAUCACAGCAAUCGUCGUGUAAUUAUUGUUGUAUGAUGGAUGGCCCUUGUUUUUAGAUCGUCAAACUGUAGGAGGGUCCUCGUGUACAGGGAACAGUGUCAGUUUUGUAGGGCUGCAAAUUUUGGGAUUUCCUUGCACAGGGAUUAGGCUUCAACAGGUGCAACAGUUGAAAUGGAUCAAGACCUUUCUGGGGUAUAAGGGGGAAGGGUAUUGUUGUUUAAUCAUGGAGACUCUGUUGAAGGUAAUAUUCCAUUUCAGUUUCUUCUUGUUGUUGCUGGUUAACUCGGUGUUGACUCAGGUGGACGUGAGGCGGGUGCCACUGAGUUCCGGGGUGGAACGGGCGGCGUUGUUGGAUCUACGAGCUUCUUUAGGAAUAAGAGCCAGGUACUGGCCCAGGAAAUCUGACCCCUGUACCAACUGGACAGGGCUGGAGUGCCGGAACGGCCGGGUCAUCGGGAUAAAUUUGUCUGGUUUGCGGCGCACUCGUUCUGGGCUUCUUAAUCCUGGGUUUGCUAUUGAUUCUUUGGUAAAUUGUACUCAAUUGGUUUCGUUUAUUUCUUCUGGAUUUCCUCUUCGAGGGUCCAUACCUGACUGGUUGGGACAAAAUCUUGGUGCACUCCAGGUGCUCGACCUUACGUCUAGCUCAGUUUUAGGUCCAAUUCCUCCGUCAAUUGGUUCUUUGAAUCAACUUAAUCGCUUAGUUCUUUCGAAUAAUUCUCUUACCGGGAUUAUCCCUGAUUCUUUGGGGCAGCUUUCUUCAUUAUCGGUUCUAAAUUUGUCACAUAAUACGUUGACAGGGUCCAUAACCUCUUCAUUUUCAGCUCUCGGCAAUCUCACGUUUCUUGAUUUAUCUUCAAAUUUCUUAUCUGGGCCAAUUCCACCUGAGUUUGGUUCUCUUUUGAGUUUGCAGACUUUGAAUCUUUCCAGCAAUAGUCUUGCUUCUUCUGUGCCUGCACAGCUGGGAAACCUUUCUCAGUUGGUUGUCCUUGAUCUUGGAUCCAAUUCAUUGUUUGGAUCAUUACCAACGGAACUAGGAGGUUUAAGAAGAUUGAGGAGAUUGUUGAUUGGAAACAAUGAUCUCGGUGGUACUUUUCCCGGCAAUUUGACAGCAAACAUGCCGGAUAUUGUCCUUCUUGAUUUAUCCAGUAACAACUUAACAGGAAAUCUUCCAGACCUCUCAGCAUUUCCCAAUGCUUCUGGUGUCACGUUGAACUUCUCAAACAAUCUGUUCUACGGAAGCCUGGGUUUCAAGCCUACAGUUGUUGGUUCGAUUGAUCUAUCUAACAACUAUCUUCAGGGUUUAGAAUCCCAGGCUGGAAAUGGAACUUCCUUAUCAGGAAACUGCUUUCUUCGAUUCGCAGACCAAAGGAGUUUGGAAGAUUGCAGGAGGUUCUAUGCUCUGAUGGGUCUACCUUUUGAUGGUACUCCCAAUCCAGUGCAACCUCCAUCGCCAAAGAAGAGCAACGAUCGUUUGAAAUAUGUGUUGGCGGGAGUUUUUGGCGGACUUGGUGCCAUUGUAAUCGUAGUUAUAAUCUUGGUUUUGGUAGCUAAAACAUGUAAUAAGAGAAACGUAAGCCAAAGAUCUGCAAAUGUAGAACCUGUUCAAGAAGAAGGAAAUGGCAAUGCACAAAAUAUUGCAGUUAAUUUAGCGAGCUUGGUGGACUCAUUUACAUAUGAGCAAAUGCUGCAAGCUACAAGUGGUUUCAGUGAUGCAAACCUUAUCAAGCAUGGCCACAGUGGAGACAUCUUUUCGGGGAGAUUAGAAGAUGGAAUUGCUGUAACUAUCAAGCGAGUUGACAUGCGGACUUCAAGAAAAGAUUGUUAUAUGUCAGAACUGGAGUUGUUCAGUAAGGGUAUGCACACGAGAUUGGUACCUCUUUUGGGACAUUGUUUAGAACAUGAAACCGAGAAGCUUCUGGUCUACAAGUUCAUGCCAAAUGGAGAUCUCUCGAAUUCCUUAUACAGGUCUACCAGUUUGGAAGAUGAUGGUUUGCAAUCCUUAGAUUGGAUAACAAGAUUAAAGAUUGCUAUAGGAGCUGCAGAAGGGCUAUCUUAUUUGCAUCAUGAAUGCAAUCCCCCCAUGGUUCACAGAGAUAUUCAAGCAAGCAGUAUUCUACUCGAUGAUAAAUAUGAUGUACGGCUUGGAAGUUUGAGUGAAGUUUGUACUCAAGAAGUGGAUAACAACCAGAAUGUUAUCACGAGGCUGCUGCGGAUUUCAUCGAACUCUGAACCGACUCCUUCUGGAUCAUCACCUCCCAUUUGUGCAUAUGAUGUAUACUGUUUCGGAAAGGUCUUACUUGAGCUCGUAACCGGCAAACUCGGAAUCAGCAAAUCCGAAGAUAAGGAAUGGUUGGACCGAACUCUGGCUUGCAUCAACAACUAUGACAAAGAACUGGUUUCCAAGAUCGUCGACCAAUCUCUAGUCAUAGACGAAGACUUGUUAGAAGAAGUGUGGGCUGUAGCCAUAGUAGCCAAGUCUUGCCUAAACCCGAAGCCCGCAAAACGCCCACAAAUGACUCAUAUUUUGAAAGCACUUGAAAACCCUUUUAGGGUCGUAAGGGAAGAAGACUUCAGUUCCGGAAGGUUGAGAAAUAAUUCGUCAAGAAGAUCUUGGAGUACCGCUUUAUUUGGUAGCUGGCGGCAAAGCUUCUCAGGAAGCACACAUAGCCAAACCAACAGAGAUGGCCAGAAGCAGUCGAAUUCUCAGGGAAGUGGCGUGAAUGAUAAAAGAUUGUCGAGCGAGAUUUUCCCCGAACCCGUGGAUAUCGUCGAUGUGGAGCGGCAAGAUGGAAACCGAUGAUGAGAUGCUGGGGUUUGAUGGCUAGAAUCUUUGAUUAUAUGUGGAUAAGCUUCAUUCUGUUUGAGUUUAUAAAGGGAGAUUUGAUGAAGAGAAGAGUGAGGUAAAGAUUGUUUAGAAAAGUAGUUUUGAGGCCAAAUUUCAUAUUAAUUUUUUAUGGCUCUGAGAUUUCUGUGCUUCUGAAAGCAUGCAUUUGUUGUUGAUGAUGUUGUGGUUGUUAUAAUCCAUUCAAGUCCAAAUGUAAAUUUCAAAAAGUGAAAGCUUGUUUUGAAA